CCGUCCGCGCUCGCCCGCCCGGCCGCGCCGUCCAGGAUGAGCCCGCGCUACUUCCUGCGCUCGCUGCUGCUGCUGAUCCUCGCCGCCUUCUCGGCCAACGCCAGCAACUGGCUAUAUUUGGCAAAGCUGUCUUCUGUGGGAAGUAUCUCUGAGGAAGAGACCUGCGAGAAGCUGAAGGGUCUGAUCCAGCGGCAGGUGCAGAUGUGCAAGAGGAACUUGGAGGUCAUGGACUCGGUGCGCCGGGGGGCACAGCUGGCCAUUGAGGAGUGCCAGUUCCAGUUCCGCAACCGCCGUUGGAACUGCUCCAUGCUGGACAGCCUGCCAGUCUUUGGGAAAGUGGUGACACAAGGGACACGGGAGGCCGCCUUUGUGUAUGCAAUUUCCUCUGCUGGUGUUGCCUUUGCCGUGACGAGGGCAUGCAGCAGCGGGGAACUCGACAAAUGCGGGUGCGACCGCACGGUCCAUGGGGUCAGCCCUCAGGGCUUCCAGUGGUCCGGCUGUUCCGACAACAUUGCCUACGGAGUGGCCUUCUCUCAGUCCUUCGUUGACGUCAGGGAGAGGAGCAAAGGGGCUUCCUCCAGCAGGGCGCUCAUGAACCUUCAUAACAACGAAGCCGGGAGGAAGGCCAUCCUGAACCACAUGCGGGUGGAGUGCAAGUGCCACGGCGUGUCCGGCUCGUGCGAGGUGAAGACCUGCUGGAAGGCCAUGCCCCCCUUCCGCAAGGUGGGCAACGUGCUGAAGGAGAAGUUUGACGGGGCCACGGAGGUCGAGCAGCGGAAGGUGGGCUCCACCAAGGUGCUAGUCCCCAAGAACUCCCAGUUCAAGCCCCACACGGACGAGGACCUGGUCUACCUGGACUCCAGCCCCGACUUCUGCGAGCACGACUUGAGGAACGGCGUCCUGGGCACCAGCGGCAGGCACUGCAACAAGACUUCCAAGGCCAUCGACGGCUGCGAGCUGAUGUGCUGCGGCCGAGGCUUCCACACGGACGAGGUGGAGGUGGUGGAGCGGUGCAGCUGCAAGUUCCACUGGUGUUGCUUUGUCAAGUGUAAACAGUGCCACCGCGUGGCAGAGAUGCACACCUGCCGGUGACAUGGGCAGAGCAGACUCGGUGGCCAGAGCAGGGCCCAGAGACCGCUUCGGGGUUGCCCCGCUUGGGAGACGCUUCAAAGGGAAACAGAUUUUUUUUUAAGGAAAAAUAUUUAAAAGUUCCAAAACGGAUUGUCUUUUUUUAUUUUUCAAAGUCGUCCUUGUCCUCUUUGGCCGGCUGUAUUUAUUGCCCAGAACCAGAAACCUUUCCUCCUGGCUUUGGGGGGGGGGGCGAUGUUGUGGGACAGGGGUUUGCUCUGCUCCAUGGAGCUGGGGGGAAAAGUGUGCCCCCCCCACCUGCAUCACCCGGAGACCCUCCUGCCUCCACCUACAGACCUAAAAUGGAAAGGAAAGGUCACACCUGGAACAAAUCGCCCUUUGCAACGAUGAAUGUUUGAGACUAGUGGCUGAUCCUGGAAAGGGAGGGGGGGCAAUUAAAAAAGAAAGAAAAUGUGGUGUAAUGGAGCGAUUUUGGAUGCAACUGCUUUUCCACCAGGAAGACGUUGGGGUUGGGUUGGGGGGCGUCUGAGGCAGAUCAUCUAAAGGGCAACGUCCCCCUUCCUUCCUGCAUCUCCCCACAUAAUAAACGCGGGGUGCAAUCUGCCAAGACAUCUUCCAGGA